AUGUCAAUGCACUCUCUACCAACCCCGCCAUCCGAGGCCGUCUCCCGAUGGAUGCCCGCCAUCGCCACGGUCAGCUUGGGGGCAGCCCAUCUGCACUCCCUUACGGCGAAAAUCGAGGCCGCUGUACGGAGCGGCCAGAAGGGUCUAGAGCUCUUCCAUGACGACCUUGCACAUUUCGCCAAGACACAACGGUGUCAUACCUGUGACGAAGCGCCGGCCCGCACCGAUCGCGACUAUGAGAUCGACGCUGCGCACGCCAUCCGCGAUCUAUGCGCGGAGCGGGGCCUGCGAAUAUUAGCCCUCCAGCCCUUCCGCCACUAUGAGGGUCUGAUCGACCCCGAUCAACAUGCCCAGCGAAUCGAUGAGCUGAAACACUGGGUGCAGCUCUCGAAGAUUCUCGGCGACGACCUUUUCAUUCUCAUCCCUUCUUCCUUCCUCGACCCAUCUGAGAUCACCGGGGAUCGAGACCGGCUCGUGGCCGAUCUCGCCCAAGCGGCGGAUGUCGCCUUUCCCAUCCGCAUCGCCUAUGAGGCAUUGGCUUGGGGUACAUACGUCAAUACAUGGGAAGAUUGCUGGGACAUCGUUCGACGGGCCAACCGGCCAAAUCUGGGCAUCUGCCUGGACACAUUCAACAUCGCAGCGCGGGUGUGGGCCGACCCGACCAGCGCGACGGGACGUCUCCCGGCCGACGCAGAUGCACAGCUGCAGGCAUCAAUGGACCGGCUCGUCCAAGAAGUUGAGCUGGACCGAGUCAUGAUGGUGCAGCUGGCGGAUGGAGAGCGGGUCGACCCACAGACGCCGUUCCUCCACGCAGAAGGUAUGCAUAAGCUGCUGGCAUGGUCCCGGAAUGCCCGUCUAUUCCCGUGUGAAGAAGAACGGGGUGGGUAUCUCCCCAUUCGAGAGGUUGCCGAUGCCUGUCUCAACGGGCUGGGCUACACCGGAUGGGUCAGUAUGGAAGUGUUCUCCCGAACCACCGGUGAAGACAAGCCCUCGGUGCCGGGUGAGCAUGCCGAGCGGGCCGCUCGAUCCUGGCAGCGGAUCUUGCAGCAGUUAGACAUGAAGGUUGAGAAAGCUGCCAUCUGUAAAUCUUGCCAUUGA